AUGGACUUCUUCUCUGUGUUGAAUCAGCGGCAGCUCGACCAGAACAGCGAACUCCGCAGACAGUACCGCAUCUCCGUCUGCUACGCGGCGGGGGCGGUGUUCGCGCUGCUCUUAGCGUCCGUCGUGGCACCCGCCGGCAUCCCGUCCGACUCCCGCAAGGGCAACCUCUGGUGGAACGUCGCUGUGCUGCUGUUUGUGUCUAGCAGUGUGGCGGCGUACGCGGCGAUGUUGAAGGCGCUGCAUGCCCUGACGGCGAACCGCUUCUUCCUGCCGUCGCCAUACGCCCUGCCGCGUUCUGUAGGCGCCGUGCUGCUCAUGCCGGUGCCCAAUGAAGCUCUUACACGGGGGCAGCGGGUGGUGCUUGUCUACGGGCUACUGGCGGCUUCCGUGGUUUCUCUGUAUCUUGGGCUAUCGAGCAAGCCGUACAGCGCGUACCUGCUGCUGCUGCUGGUGCAGCUGGCGCUGUUUGUCUCACUGUGGUUGAUCGUCAGCCGUAUGAUGUGCCUGUCACGCUGA